AUGCUCUUCGGUACACUUCUCGCCCUCGUUUGCGCCUCCGCUGCGACCGCUGCGCCCCUCCUCGCUCGCCAGGUUUCUCCCACCUACCCUGACGGCUCGAUCGCUCCCGUCCAGCCCGCCGGUGACCAGACUGGCGCGCUGCAGGGCAUGAUGGGCGGCCCCAUGAACCCCGUCGAGAACGGCGCCACCGCCGAUGCCCAGAUGGAGUCUCUUGCUGAUGCCAUCAAGAACCUUCAGGAGGUCAACGACCUUUUUGACAAGUUCAUCAAGAAGGGCAAGGACACCGCCCAGGGUAGCAUCUGA